AUGUUUGGGGUGUGGUUGUCAAUUAUCCUUCCCUGUUGCUUGUACAUAGCAAUAUCCUUAUUGUUUGGGCGUAACUUCGCCCAGAGGCCCGACGGCUGGGGUUAUGGAGAACGGCUUAAGUUGGCAACAACGAAGACUGGUGACGAUCAGGAGGAAGUGGAAGAUACAUUACCGGAUGAGGUGGAGAAUGGUAUAAACGAUAAUGAGCAAGAUAAUGAGGGAAGAGUAGGACAUAAAGAUGCGGAAGUUGUGGCGGCGAAUGAGAUCGCGGAUGGCAAGGGGGGCAAUGAAGAGAUAGUGGGCGAAGACACCGAGCAAGUGCAGACAGAGAUUGCCCAAAAAAGAGUUGACACCAACCAGGUUGAUAUGACUGGUACCAAACCAACUGGGCUUACAGCAGAUGCUGGCAGAGUUACGUGUAGUCCACGCGAGGCAAGUUCGAGUGCCCACGCGAGCUCGAGCGCCCAUGAAGACCCGUCUACUCGACAAAAAACCUCUGCUCUUCGGGAGCAGGCGGAAGACGAGGGAGCGCGCGACAACAGGGGGGAAGGAGCGAAGGAGGCGAAGGUACGAAAAAAACCCUCGGACGGCGGAUGCUGGGUGGAAGAGAUAGAUCCGGAAACGGAGGGUAAAGGAGGGUUGAUACAGGAGGACAAUCUGGCGCCGGAGGAGGCGGAAGAGGAGGCGUCGCCAGAAGAGGAGGCGUCGCCGGAAGAGGAGGCGUCGCCGGAAGAGGAAGCGUCGCCGGAAGAGAAGGCGUCGCCGGAAGAGAAGGCGUCGCCGGAAGAGGAGGAUGAGCUGGAUGUAUCUUUGCCGGAAGCAUUACGGUUAAAGGACGAAGGUAAUAAGUUGGUGAAAAACUCGGAAUGGAAACCGGCACUGGAGAUGUAUCGGCAGGGUCUGGACAAAUGUCCGAGAAGAGAGUGUGCAACGGCGGCGAUCUUGUUUGGCAACAUCUCGUACGUGCUGUGCCAGCUAGAGGAGUUCGAGGAAGCAGUUGAACACGCUACUUCGGCAAUUGAAUUAGAUAGUACCUACUCCAAAGCUUAUCUCAGACGAUACAAAGCCAACAAAGGCUUGGAUAAGGUCCAUGACGCUUUGGCAGAUCUACGGAGCGCCACAGACCUUGACCCAUUAAUUAGAGACACAUACAGAAGAGAAUUAGCAUUGAUAGAACGGGAAUCAAGUGAAAGAGCAGAAAAGGAAAAGGCCGAGAUGCUCGGCAAGCUGAAAGAAUUUGGCAACUGGGCGUUGGGCAAAGUCGGCAUGUCGGUGGAUGAUUUCAAGGUGGUCCAGGAUCCGGCCUCUGGAAAUUAUAGUGUUCAAUACCAGCCUUCGAAUCCCUCAGCUAAUACUCACGUGAACUUCUCCAUGGGCGGUCCUUCCCCCACCGCGGACACAUCACCGCAGUGA